UCUUUCUAUCAUAAGUUAGGUUAUAUAUCGUAUGCAUCAAAAUCAUACAAUUUAUGUAUAAGCUAGUUUUUUAAGGAAAAAAACACUUAAAUUUAGUGAAUUUGCAGUGCGAAAUCUUUAAAAAACCAUAGACGAACACCUGGCACAAACGAAAGUUACGUGUGAACGUCUUGGCUUUUGUUUAAACAAUUUUGAAAACCAGCAUACAACACCAACAAAAAAAUCUAGCAACUCAAGAACUUUGGCAACAAAAACCCAGCAACAACAACCUUGUACAACCAACAACAACAACUACACACACUCUUUUAUACAUUUGCAACUGUAGCAGCAAGCAACAGUGUACAAAAAAUUUGAUAUAGUGCAACUCAACUUGCAGCAGGAAUAACCUUUUUCUUUCGUAAACCGUUAAGAAAACAGCAGCAAAAUUACGUCAAUUAUUGAAAACCUACCCGGCGCCAUUGCAGGACACAAUCACCAAAAUAAUAUCAUGGAGGAAGAUGAAAGGGGCAAACUGUUCGUCGGUGGCUUGUCAUGGGAGACAACGCAGGAGAAUUUGUCGAGGUAUUUUUGCCGUUUCGGCGACAUUAUCGAUUGUGUGGUAAUGAAGAAUAACGAAAGUGGACGCUCCCGCGGUUUCGGUUUCGUUACCUUUGCCGAUCCCACCAAUGUGAAUCAUGUGCUGCAGAACGGACCCCAUACUCUGGAUGGUCGUACUAUUGAUCCGAAACCAUGCAAUCCCCGUACAUUGCAGAAACCGAAAAAGGGGGGCGGCUAUAAGGUGUUCCUCGGUGGUCUGCCAUCGAAUGUAACGGAAACGGAUUUGCGUACGUUCUUUGGACGUUAUGGCAAGGUCACUGAAGUGGUAAUCAUGUACGAUCAGGAGAAAAAGAAAUCGCGUGGAUUUGGUUUCUUGUCCUUUGAGGAGGAGUCCUCUGUAGAGCAUGUGACUAACGAGCGGUACAUCAACUUGAAUGGCAAGCAGGUGGAAAUUAAGAAAGCCGAACCCAGGGAUGGCUCUGGUGGUCAAAACUCCAAUAACAGUGCUGUGGGUGGUGCCUAUGGCAAGUUGGGCAACGAAUGUAGCCACUGGGGACCCCAUCAUGCUCCCAUCAACAUGAUGCAGGGCCAGAACGGUCAAAUGGGUGGACCACCAUUGAAUAUGCCAAUUGGAGCACCCAAUAUGAUGCCCGGCUAUCAGGGCUGGGGAACAUCACCGCAGCAACAGGGCUAUGGUUAUGGCAACAGUGGUCCUGGUUCAUACCAAGGCUGGGGUGCACCACCCGGCCCCCAGGGACCACCACCACAAUGGUCAAACUAUGCUGGUCCACAACAGACCCAGGGCUAUGGCGGCUAUGACAUGUACAAUUCAACAUCAACAGGCGCCCCAUCCGGACCAUCGGGCGGCGGUAGCUGGAACUCAUGGAAUAUGCCACCAAAUUCGGCUGGACCAACUGGAGCACCUGGUGCUGGAGCUGGAUCUGCAACGGAUAUGUACUCACGUGCGCAGACCUGGGCUGCAGGUGGUCCAUCGACAACUGGACCUGUUGGUGGAAUGCCUGGACGCACUGGACCCGGCAAUUCGGCCUCAAAAUCUGGCUCCGAAUAUGAUUACGGCGGCUAUGGAUCUGGCUAUGAUUAUGAUUAUAGCAACUAUGUUAAACAAGAGGGUGCAUCCAAUUAUGGAGCCGGGCCAAGGUCAGCAUAUGGCAACGAUAGCUCCACACAGCCCCCGUAUGCAGCCUCUCAGGCUGUUUAAGAUGGAGGAGUUAGGAACAGCAGCAGAUCCGGAUGUGCUCGCGUCGUCGUCCUCGUCGCUACGUCUCGAGGUGUGGUGAAUGAUGAAGAAAACAGAAAUUAGAUGAUGGUGGUAAUUGUAAGCUAAAGCGUCGUCGGUUCGUUUUUUUUUUUUUAAUUUUUUAUUUCAGAUCAGAUCAGUUGUUGAAAUUAACAUAUAUAUAUAUAUAUAAACAUAUGUAUAACUCUUUGUACAACUUAUAAUUUUACAAAAAAAGAAGAAAAAAAUCGAAAAAGAAGAGAAAAAGUUAAAAUUACCUAGCGACAAGUCAGAUUCAUAGAUAUAUAUAUAUGUUCUAUAUAGUAAUGAGUAUGUAAUGCAUCAACCAACAACAAAGCAACCAACAAACAACACACACACAUCCAAACAAACACACACACGCAUAUAUAAAAUCAUUUUCAUGCGCCUUCCCCACCACCACCACCACCCAACCAGCUUUCCUCUCUAUCUGUCAGAGAUCCAUAGAUGAGAUGAGAACUAACCCAAUUAACAAAAUAGAAUUACCAAGUAUCACAUUUAGCUAAUUAAACAACAACCACAUUAGAAACAACAACCAACUCAAAAAUAGAGAGGAACAUAAGCUUAAAAUUAUAAUUUUAUUAAUGAAGGAAGCAAACGAAAAAAAAUGAAUAUAAAAGAGGAAACACAUUUAAUUACAAAGAAAAGAAAAUUAGUAAAUACAAAUUCGAAAUUGUACAUUUUAAAGCAAAGCAAGAAAAAGCUCUUCUUACCGCCCGCUCCUUCCAUUUAUCCCCUCUCAACUGCCACCGCCUCCUCACCCGUUGAUAUAAUACCCCUAGUGUCAACACUUCAUCUCUCUAUCACUUUUUUUCUACUUCUUUCUCUUCAAGAUGGGUCGACAAGGUAAAGGAUAUUAAACACUUGCCUUAGUCCCAGAAGAGCGAGAGAGAACGAAAUGUGGAGGAGCAUGAGGGAAUGCUGUGACUGGGGCUUUGUAUGGGUGACGGGGAAGUUAGUUGUUUGUGGAGUGUUGUGGUUAUUAAAAGGAAGUGGGCGGGGUUUAUGUUACACAAAAACAACUAGCUAAAAGUUAAACUACA